UACUUGUUAGGUAUAUAAAGUAGGGAACUCACAUGCUUCCCUUUGCCAUCAUCGAAAUUAUUUUUCUCUUUUGUCAUCAUUGUGAGUUUGUUGAAAGCAUUAAAAAUGGAUGAGAGCAAAUUUGUUGUUAGUUUGAUGAUCAUUUUUCUGGGUUUUUCUUAUCUCCUCAAUUCUUCUGCUGCUGUUCCUGUAACAAGAUGCUCCAUGCCAAAUAAUAAGAAACUCCUCCCUUCUUCUCCUUCUGUUCAAGAUGUAGUUGUUCAGGAUGUAAUGAAAUUGAGUGGAAGUGAGGAAGUAAUAGAGGAAGGGGAAGCAUUAAAUAACGAAAGGAUGUUAUUGGCAAGCACAGAUUAUUCAGGACCUGGUGCAAACAAGAACCAUGAUCCUAAAACUCCAGGAACAGGUUAAAAAAACAUAUCAUCUGUCUAUCUAUAUAGAAUGAGGGAAAUUUCAGAGUUUGGAUCUGGGUUUGGUUUAGGACAAGUUCGUCUUUUGGUUGUCUCUCUUUGUAUCCAUAAUUAUGUUUUAAACUUGUUUUUUUUUUUUAUUGUACUUGUAUGUUUAAAGAAUGUCUGUACUAUAAUCUAACAUGAUUUGGAAACUGUGGGUUCAUGUUGUAAAUUAAGAAUAUUAUGGAUUUACGGUGCUUAUUAUAAAUUGAACUCAAAGUUGUGAUUAGAUCAAGAAA